AUGCAACAAUGCUGGUCUUGGAACCCGCAGGAUCGCCCAGGAGCAGUGCAAGCCGUUGGAUGCGUUGCAAGGAAAAAUAUCUUAAUCUUUGGGGAGACGGGGGUAGGCAAAAGCUCACUCGUCAACCUCAUGGCGGGAGAGGCAGUAGCACCCACAUCCCCUGACGUGGGCCGCUGUACGAUGCACUCGCAAGAUUAUACUGUCGAAUUUGGUGGCGAGUCUUAUAAGGUGUUCGAUACUGUUGGACUCGAGGAACCGCAGCUGGGAAUAAAACAGUACCUCUACUCUGUCGAGAAUGCCUCCAAGCUCAUCCAGAAUUUGGAUAGACGCGGUGGCAUUGAUUUGCUUCUGUUCUGUGUUCGCGCAGGCAGACUCACUACUACGGUGAAGAGAAAUUACAGACUCUUUCACGAAUUCCUCUGCGAGAAGAAGGUUCCCAUUGUUGUUGUGAUCACGAACCUCGAACGUGAGGAAUCGAUGGAGGACUGGUGGAAGAGGAACCAUGAUAUUUUCGAUCGAGGCAAUAUUCAUGUUGCUGGUCACGCGUGCGUCACUGCCGCUGAUAAACAGACACUCAAACACCCACAUCUUUAUGACGAAUCGCGCGUCAUAAUCCGCAACCUUGUCAAAGAACAUGCUGCUGACGGUCAGAAGCAAGUAUGGAUAGGAGGGGACAGUCGGUUCCGGAGCUUCUUUGGUCGGAAUCCGCUUGAGAGCAGGAAGGAUCUUAUCCCUCGCCUCAUGAAGCGUUGCGGAAUGUCUCGAGAACUCGCAACAUCCUUGGCUGAUAUGAUCAAGAAAGACGAGGUAUGA